AUGAAUGAUGACCGUUACAUUAGAAGAUGUCAGUUCGAACAAUUCUACAAGGCUCCACUUCAAAAUAUUUGUAUAGAUGUUCGUGUAUCUCCUCAUUUAGCUUAUAUUAAAGAGCAUUGCAAUUUAGUCAAGAAUUUGCUUAAUUGUUUUGGGUCAAGCCUUGUGAUCGUAAAAAUUAGUAUAACAUAUGAACCAACAACCUUACAAACAAUUGACAUGUUCUUCUAUAGAAGUAAGUAUGAUUACGGUAUUGACUAUAUUGAGAUUAAGCAAGAAAUAAGAAACUUGGUGGACUGGAUAAAAAUUAAUAUAGAUGAUUUUCCAAAGCUUCAGUAUUUUACUUUCUACAAUUACCUGUUUGUAAUAGACAGACAAGUUGAACCAUGCCAGUGGAUAGAACUUAGUGGUCAAGAGUUGUAAAAACGCUUUUCAUUAUUAUACUAUUGCGUUUGGUGGAAACUCCAAUAUCCAAUUCUCUUGGGCUAUAAUUCGUAACAAAAGAAUUGAGUCUUUAAUGAGAACUUGUUCCGUAAUGCUGAGUAUUUCCAUACAGAUUAGUACCACAGUUAACCGAGGGUCGUAGUAAAUCUUACCUUCUCGGGUUUGUUAUAUAUGUAGUACUUAAAUAAAGAAUAUGAAUCAUUCUAUCAGUUAAUUAUAAUUAUCCAUGCCUACUAGAUCUCAACACACUUCAAAUUUUUUAAUAUACUUACUAAGUUGUCAUCUAAAUGAUUUUGCAACAAGCACGCAUUUCAAAGUUCUUAAUGAAAUCUCCAUUAGUGCGCAUUUUUGUGAUGGUCUCCUGAAAAGUAAAGAUAUUUGAUCAGUGAACGACCUGUUCUGGUCUAUAUAGCUGGAAUUCUUAAUACCCAGUGCAGCUAGCUAUUGGGCGAAAAUCUUC